CAGACUAAGUAAGUAGAUUUUUUCAAAAUCACUAUACUAGAAGAUGAAGAACUAGAAGUAGAACCCCAGUUAUGUUCACCUGUGGAUCUGGAUGAACAAUGGUGAGCAGAAAGUAGAUCAUCUCUACUCGGACCACCCUGAUCCAGCGCUCGCGUAGUUCGGAGAAUGUUGACAUUGUGGUGGCGCUAUCCAACCUUUUGGUUCAUCCUGUAGUUUAGCCUUGGUGAUGGUGGAUCAUGGCCAAGGAGGUGAUCUUUAAUACUGAGGGCGCAGAAAUGACCGGACUUGGAAAUGGGGCAAUUUCACACCUGACCAUGUAGGAUGGAAGUUGAAAUGAUUUGUGGUAGCAUUGGGAUUUGGAUUUUCUUUUGUAGUGCUGGUUCCGAAGUUGAAGUUUCUUAACUGCAGACACAGACACAUACUUGAAUGUGCUAGCGGGUAGUACAAAGUCGUACCGACGGCAGAAAAACCCGACUACACGGUCAUCUCCCACUACCAGUCAACGUGCUGUAAGUAAAGCCAACCUGUUUAGAAGCCUAUCAGGAUUAGAUUUCAAUUGUUGUUUUGUACUCAGCGUAGAUGUAAUUUGUAAAUAGAGUCAAAAAUUUGUAAAUUACUAUAAGUGUCGCGACGACUUGGUCUUUGAGUGUUUAUUUGUUCGUCAAGAACGAUUUUACGAGAGCCAAAGGUAUAGCGGACUCUUCGUCUGGUUUUUUUUAUACGGUGUCCUACUACUCAAACUCAACAUAUAUGAAAGAAGCUCCUCUGUAGAAGCUGUUUUUGGUACAGGUACUACUUUUCUAGUCACGAUCGACCGGGGGAAAAGCAGUCAACCUCAACGCGGCUCAAAAGAUAUACUCAAUUUCGUUUCUGUCGUUCGCGGGUAUAUCUGCGAAGAGUAUAGAAACGUUUUUGUGGUAGGCACAGAAAAAAGUUUAAUCAGACACGACCUGGUAGGGUAGCAGUGACAUACUUCCUUGUUAUUAUUUGCUCGUAAUCGUAUAGUUUUUCUUCAAAGAAAUUUCUAGCACAGCAGGACGAGGGGCCUUGCUGCGAAACAUCCUCGCAGCGUUGUUUUAUUGGCAUUUUUCGCCGAAACACGAGCUGGCAAAGUGAACAAAACAAAGUAUUUAAGUACAUCAUCAGAGAUAUUCCCUGUAUUGUUAUUGAUGUAGAAAUCGUUACUAUCCGGUACAAUAAAGGUAUACGGUCGAAAUGUGUUAACCAAAAAAAAAAACCUAACUCAAAAACAAACCUCUUACUCGGACAGAAAUUCUCCACUAGCAGGUGGAGCAAAAAAAAAAGGACUUCUCUGGGCCUAUCAUCCGGAUUCGUUGUGGUGUCUGUACCGAGCCCUCAACUGCACACAAGAGGAUUUUAGCAAUAAACUCACGAGGCAGGAGGUUCACUUCUCUAGAGCAAAAGAAACAUCAUGCCCGUGAAAAAUCUUGUGCCCGCACCGGCCCACUCGUCCGGGGGAAAUUAUAAACACAGUUCUUCCACUUCGUACCCCUGCUUUGAAGCGCACCAGCAGGACGAACACCCGUAUAGCACGUUGCUCACCCCACAGCACGUGGACAAGACGCAUCUUUCCAAGAAGGAAAAGGAGAAGCAGUUGUUUGCCGCCUCGUUGAAACACGACCACGCAGUCUUCAAAAAGCAACGGAAGGAACACAUGUCGACGCAACAGCUGGUUGCGGAAGUGCGCGAAAAGAGGAGGGCGCACGAGCAGAAUGGGCCCGCGUCGAUCCGGCAGCCUGCGGGUACUACAACAGGAGCAGCAGCUCCUAUGCUUUUGGACGACGAUGUUGAGAUGAUCAUGGGACGAGAAGAUCCAGAAUUUGAUACCCACGACGAGAAUCUUUUUGCCAGUGCCACCUACCGUGCCACGACUGAGAGGACGACGUCGACCCGUCUAGAAGAGGAACACUUCCCGGCGCCCGGCACUAAUGCUUUUGUCGAUUCCCCCCUCGCCGACAGUACGGCGGUGAUGCUGGCGGAGAUCCCGUCGCCCAACCACGGGGAGACUCUCUUGAACAACAAAGCUGCUUGCUCAACUUCUUGUUACCCUCUGGGCAGUAAGCCGCAGCGGAAAGAGUGCAGCGUCUGGCCUGAGUAUGAGAAAUUCAAGGUGGACGUCACCAACGUGCUCGUGGACUAUUUGAAUGAACGUAUAAUUAUGGCGCGAGUUUUGAUUUUUUUCCGUUCAACAUUCCGUCAUCGAGAUUGUGCAAUCCAAAUUCACGAGUAAGUACGAUAUGUCGCAUUGCGACGGUCCUUGUUUCCCGCGGUCUAUUCACCCAGCAUGAAGAAAUCCAAAAAUCGCGCAUAAUUAUACUUCUACGCUUCCACCCAAACAAAAGCCAGGGUGAUAUAGAUAUACAAGUAAAGUAUUUGCAAUAUGUUUAAAUCACUUGCUAUUCCCAAAAAUCUCAACCCAAAAACAGACGAGACCCUCGAGACGUCGAUGGAUUGCCUGCUCCGCAGCACGUGCGAGAGGGAGAAGUCGCUCCUUGUCUACGAGUGGAGCGACCUGGUGCUGCUCACCGCCUUCAAUCUGCAGGUGAACGGUGAGGCGCAGGAAGAGAGACUGUUGGAUUUUCUCACGGUUUUUCUCGGCCAAAUGAGCAGCGGUGAUGGUGUCGGGUCUAAGAACUUUUGCAGCGUGACCACGGAACAAGACUUUGACGGGAGUGAUGGAAAUACACAGAAAAAAAUGUUAUCUCCGUUCGACUUGGCGCUCGAAAAGCUGCUUUCCAGGUGGGAGGAGCUGAAAAUGGAUUUUCCGAGGUUUCCGGAACUUUUGGGAAAAAUCCUGGUGCGGCUUGUCCAGGUGAGAAUUGGCUAAUUGCGGUGCUGCAGAGACGAGAGAUAGGCUUGCUGCGGCUCUUGGUGCUGCCACUGCCUGUGCAGAAACAACAGAAUGUUUGUGCUCUUUCUUGAUCCGUUAUAAAAUGCGACUGAGUUCGUUCCUCUUUAGUGAAAUACUUAUGAAAGAAACUGAAACUUCACAGGAUGCCCAAGUCUUGCCGGUUUCUAUCUUGAACCGGGUGCCCGAGAAGUUUCUUUUGGAGAAGUACCUGUCGGCUGGGACUACAAGUACAAAAAAUGCUACUGCAACUGCUCGUUUGGAAUUGGAAAAUAACUCGGGCGACGAGAUUGAGUCCCUCGAGACGACACUGAUCGACAACCUAGCGUCCGCGAAGAAGAAAAUUAAGGCCAUCCUCUCCGAGUAUUCCCACCCGGUGGACCGGUCGAGCGGGGCGAAAAAGACCAACGAAUCCCACGUGGUAGAGCUGCUGGUCGGGUCGGACCGAAAUUUGUUGCAGUUUUACUCGGACGAAGUGGUAUGUGGAUUUUCUCACUUUCACUUUUGCUGGCUGCUCCUACUGCCGGAUUUGCAUUUUUAAAAAGUCCACAGGAGGAUUCCAGCAAACCUGAGCCAUGCAGGUUUAAUAGCCUUAUCGGCUUCGGGUUCGGCGUGCCUCGUCGAACUUGAGGGGGAGUGCUCAUCACAACUGCGUAUAUGAACUUCAAUCAUAGAUCUUGUGCCUCAGCAAGAUGUCUGAUGAAAAACAUGCAAAUAAAACUACAGGUGAAGCUGACUAUCUCCGAGUUUCUGCAAAAAUCGGGUCUCCACCGCACGAAGGAAGACGCGAAAGAGUGCGCGAACUUGCUGCUGCACCUGAAAACCGCAACUUUAUUCCCGAACAUCAAAAACCACUUCACUGACGAGAAGCUGGGUCUCGGCCUGCUGCGGGCGAUCGGGCUGAUCGAUGAAUUCAUCAUUGACAGCGGAAAGGAGAAAGUGGAAAAGUUUUUCUUCAACGUGAUCGCGGAGUUGGUGGUCAAGAUCGACACAGGAGCUGCCGCAGCGAAGAACCAGCGCAGGAACUCUGACAGUGAACAAGGGGCUACAGAAGCGAAACGACCUGGAAGCCGAAGCGCCACCGUCUCCAAGAGCAAGUCACGAUCAAACGACGCAGGUCCAGGUUCUUUCUCCCUGGCCAAGCUGUUGAAGAAGUGUCGCAUUCUGCACAUUCCGGGUGGCGGCGCGGCACAGUGCCUGCUCGAGCGGGUGGAGCUGGCGUUACCGCAGUUUUUCGUGAAGCACUACCUGGACCUGGAAAAAGAGUGCACGAAAUUGCUGGACUUGUUCUUCUACAGCCGAGAGACGAUGAAUAGUACUGUCCUGGCGGCGCAGGAGGCGCAGCAGCAGCAACAAAUGAUCCACCAAGUGGAACAGUUUCAACAAGAAACCAACAUCAUCAACAACAACAACGUGGGCAGUGGUCACCAGCACAGUAUUUUGAACGGUAGAAGUUCCACUGCUGCGGCGGCACAAAACAAAGUAGCAAAAAACAUUCAUUUCGAAAACGACAAGGAAACUUUUUUCGCGGAGUUCCAGACACUUCUGGCGAACUGCGAACCUUCUUCAGCCCCGCCGGAGGAAAUUAUCGCGAUUAUUGUCAAGUACGCGAUUGCGGCCGAGAAAAACCACGAAAGGAAGGCUUCGGCCCUCGGUGAAGUAGUUCUUGGAAAUGUAGUUCCACCGGAGCUGCAGCACGAGGGUAGCGCGGUCGGAGCUGCCGGCGCACCGAGCUGUGACCGCUCCGUGUGGAGUGACAAGUCGCCGAUGGUAUAAAGCAUUACGGAUGAUCACGUGGAUAGAAGUCGGGAGUUUUCUAGAAGCAGUUCGGUUUUGCUGUUCAUUAUUUGCGGGGUAGUGUAUUGCAUGACGUGAAUAUUAAGACCUACCUACGUACUCCAAUGGCAAAUCACCCUUUCAAUUUAUCGUUCCAUCACAUCAUCUUCAGCCGCCGGCCGCACGCUACAACUCCUAUCACGAGAAAAAAGUGUUACAGUUACACAUUGUGUUGCAAGCCCAGCAUGACAGACAACCACUGUCGUGCAAGAAAUGCUUCCGAGCUUCAUUUCAUACGUGUUUUCCCUUUAUGGUCUGUGCAUUGCAAGUUUAUCUCCCUCUCAUACAGAGAAAAUUUGUGUUGCUGAAGUGACAACAAAUGUGUAACUGUAACACUUUUUUCUUGUGACAACUCCCUGUACAAUACUACUAGUUCUUCGUAUCCAAACAAGCACGGGAACAACAAUCCCCUUUCCGAGUCGCAACAGAGCCAGAGCACGAACUGGCCUUCGUUUCGUGCGUCGGACGAUUCGAUCGGGUGUGGGGGCGGAUGCACCAGCACUAGCGUCGAACACACGGAUAUCAAACAAAAAAAGUUCGUCACGAUCACUUAUGCGCAUUUUUGCAAUACAAAACUGUUUGUCAUGCGUAAAAAUGCAUCACAGCCUAACUUCGUGAGGGAUUUCCCUAGUGUUUCUGCAAUCCAUUGAAAAUUUGUGAUGCUAAGAAAAUUUGUAAUGCAAAGCCUGCAAGUUAGUGACUGUGACAAACUUUUUUCUCUUCAUAACGGACAACGAAGGAAUAAUGUUGUCGUCUUCCACUUGUUCGCAUCUGGAUCACCUAGAUGGCAGCGACAGGAAAAACGCGUCGGGAAAAAUGGUCCAGCAGGAGCAGCAGGAGAAUCUUGUCUCGACGACAUCAGUGGUUCACGGUGAAACAAGUACCACCACCACCACCACCACCACCAGCACGACCUCCCGACUUCGCCUGGACGCGCACGCUCUGCACGGCCACGAUGUCACCAUGGACCAGAUUACGGAGGAAAACCAAAUCGACUUGGACAACGUCAGCACUACGCACAACAACUCCGAGCCCUGCUUCCGCACGACCAGCUUUUCCACGAACCUGAGCAAAGACACAACACUCCUUUCCCGGACGGGCAGCAGCACGGUGGUUUGCGAUGCCGCGGCGUUUGGCGCGAUGGUGCUAGCAACCUGUACCGAUUUGCUCAUUUUCCUCACGACCGGUGGAACGUCAAAUUAUAACGGCUCUACUUCUACUUCCACUGCUUGUGCUGCUUCUGUCUCUCGUCGCGGCCUUGUGGUGAUUCCGAAGCACUGCCUCUGUCCGACUUUCACGGAAUUGCUUUUGGAGCAAAGUGAUUGCAGCUCUUUCUCAAGUCUGAAUGUUGGGUCAACGGCGAGCAAAAAGAAAGACAACCCGGCGCAUCUUCAUGAUCAAGCAGGCCUGCUCGGCAGUUCUUUUGUCGGAAUCAGAAAGACCAGCAGCGAUCGGCCAGCUGACGAGAUCUUCGACCGGAAAGACAAGAUCCUGCAGAUCGCCGGGAAUUGCGAACACCUCUACGCUGAGGGACAGAUUCUGUGCUGGGACUAGAAGGGGGUCGCUCGGGGAGGACUGCCAAUUCAUUCAGCCCGAAAGAAGUUGUCAAAGAAACGUUUCUUUUUCAACCUCUUUAGUUUUUUUACCCUUUAUUUCGUAGAAAGCGAACGAACUUGUAAGAUUAUUUCUGUCCGUCGGUGCGGCAGAGGACACAAGGACAGCAACGUAAUAACCGAAGGCUGCUAUUCACCCGUUAAGUAUCUUGUUAUGCGGCAGCUUGAUAAGCAGAAAAGAAAAAGGUGAUAGAAAAUAAGAGAAAUAAGAAUCGGCAGUAGAUUCAUUUAUCGAGAACAAAGUCCUAGUUGGAGCCUGAAGCUUUUUGCGCGACCACUAAAGCCACGACUCACACGACCUAGGUUAUGUGCGGCGUCCUGUGUACAGCACGCGAUCUUGUUUUAUUCCCGUUGUAGGCCUAAAAAAAAUUGCAAAUCCUUCAGCAAUGUAGUGGCUUCCCGCGAAGAUCCCACCGGCUGUGUGCCUCUACGAACAAAGUGCGGUCGCGUGGAAAAGUAAAGAGCCCCAUUAGACAGCAGAAUUGCUGGAUUCCUGCAACAGCAGCAGUACUGUUGAGACGCUCCAGCACUACUUUCGUUAUUUCGACUUGUGCUUUUGUGCAGCUAAAAGAUAAACUUCGGGCUAUCAAAGUUACGAGCGCUGAGGUAGUUCUGCUGUACCUUGUUAUCUUGCGAAGCAGGGGGUCUUGCUCUUCGAAGGUUUCCAGCUGUGACGCGAAAGGCAAGAUCGUAUCGAUAUUGUGCCUGUCACCUCAAUCAUUUCCAAUGUUUCAAUAGCAUAGAUUUAGAUAUAUUUUUGGUGCCGCUACUGCCAAGCCCCGGCAGUGGACCAUAUAGAAACAUUCUCGCACUAAUAUUUUUGGAAAAUCGUACACUAUGAUACCAGCAAAAGUAAAAAAAGCUUCAUCAAACCAAAUCCAACAGCGUAAUAUGGAAAGUCAGAAGAGAAUCUUGUCUUCUACGUGGCUACUACCAGCACAUGAGCCUAAAAAUUACUAAGCGAACGAGUAGCGUUUGUGUACCUAUAUUCGUCUUUUUCUUGAAAAAAAGUACUACAUUUUCCCAGAGGACGAAAACGCGAUUGAGUAUAUGUUUUAGAAAGUUUUCCUCUUUUCAAGUUGUCAUUUUCCCUGCCUGCUAGAUUCUGUUUCCGGAAGGAAUGCCGGUAGGUAUAUUCAUGUCCGGCGUUCUUUUCACAGUGACAGAGCCUUCGGGUGAGGGGAAUGAAUCAUUUUGACCUACUUAUUGAGUAAAUGAUGUUUAGCAAUCCACAUCUCCACAUCGAGCUUUACUUUACGUAUGAAGAAAUGCCCCGAUUGUAGUAUGUUGGCUUCCCGUUCCACAGAGAUCCACCUCACUACAGCCAAGAGUCGCAAACUAAAUUUUCGCGUAUUUCCGAAAGAAAAGUUAAGAAGUACCUAGUACAAGAAAGAAAGAGUUAUACCCCAUUGAAAGAGACAGAUUUUGGACCACUAGCAGUAAGUCUAAGUUAUUUCUAACGAGCACAGACACAGGAAGACAGAACUGUUGUAGAGCAGACCUCUUCAGCCCGACCUAGUAAAAUAAACCGGAGUUCGGCGACCGACCUGCUGGAUUGACAAGAACUUGAUUUAUUCCCUGAGAUCGUUUGCGAUCACGAUCCGCUGGCUCCCUGCCGUUUCGCCUGCCACGACCCGUAGUACCAGUCGUGCGACUGUAUCAAAUAUUUAAGUAGAUGAAUCGAGCUUCAGCGCAGAUGUCACUCGCGUGCCAUCAACGAAUCUACUUCAUCCCCUGGUGCACCUACCGGCGCUUAUAAAUAAGAUAAGUACUCUAUUCAUCGUGGAUUAUUACUAUCAGUUAUGGCUAUUUCGAUUUCCGGCUUGGGCUUGGCCUAUACUACUGCCUCACGAAACCACACCGGUUGCCGGCUGGACUGGUGCACAUGAUGCAGCGCUGGCCUGUCAGCAACUAAGAAGUAGAGGUGGACGACCGGACUCUUUACACAAAUCAUCUACACUCCCACCUAGACAAAACGGUUUAGCUCAGGUUUGGUCGGAGCAUACGACGACAAAUCACGAGUCCCGCAAAGAUGCCUCGCGAUUAAUUUGUUCCGAGCCGGCGAUACUAUCCGUACCUCCCCUCAGUUGUGGUCGUGGAUGAUUGAUCUUUAAAACCUUUAGAAUUACACUUCCCAGCAGAACAAGUCGAGCAAAGUUUCUUCCGCGGAGCGUUUUCUUCUGCUCAGAAAAUAACAUUGCCUUUUCCGUCCUAAAGAAACAGGUCUUUUCAACAUCUGCAGCCCUGUCCAUCUUCCCAUGACAGCUGUUGCAGAAGUACAAAGAAAUAAAAACCGCAUACGACACUUUCAUACGACCGUCUAAUAUCUUUCACAUGGUUGUAUCCGCAUAGUUUCCACAACAUCGACUUCCAAAGAUAUGGACAAACGUCUCCUCGUCCGCCGAAAAGUACAAUAUAAAUCGAGUUUUUUUCCGACCCCAAACAGAACAGGAGCUUUUUCCAUUGAUUUCCCUAUGGUGGAUUAUACUGCGGCGCUGCAUGAUUAGGCAGCUCCUUGUGCAUGAAAUAAAAAGGAACUCAUGCGAUCAACGCGAGUAAACUCAUCGCCGGAGCAUGAUCUUUUCGGACGGUCGGCGGGCAUGGAGAGGAAAGUUCAAGUCGCUCUGUACUUUGCCUACCAUCCGUAAGUAUAAUAAGGUGAGUUUAUUUCUGUGAGCCUUUUAUUUCGGUGGAUGAUUUUAUUUGUAGGGAAAAAUCAAUCGCUGGCUCCUUCUGUAGAAAAUUUCAUUUUACCAAGUACUCGAUUCCUGAGGGCCCCCUCACUCGCUGUUGGGGCUUUCAGGCGUCGGAAAAACAAAAACCUUGUGGUCGGAACCGGAAGAAAAGUCAAUUCUAUAGAGGAAUCAAUUUCACAGCCUUGCCACUGGUAUUUCAAUCUCGGGGCAGUGAAGAAUUUUGAAACCAGGCAUUCCACUUGACUUCUGCUGGACGUGUUUUCUGCAGCAAGAAGAAGCUUUGUUCUUGACUUUCACCCGACCUCAGGAAUGCGAAGCGAUGGCGCCGCAGAUAGCAUUGACGGCGUUGCAAGUGGACGAAAGAAUUACUGAUAUCAAAAUGGACCACCUACAACAUGUUUUGUUGCAUCAAUGAAUAGAAGCUGAAAGAUGUACAGAACCAUCCUCGAACUCGAAAUUUGUUUAGAGGGUGCACGAACACCAGUAGACGAGGCUCC